GCUGCCACAGCAUGGCUUGAUGAGCGGCGUGCAGGUCUGAGCCCAGGAUCCGAACCUGCGAACCCCAGGCCACUGAAGCAGAGUGUGCGAACUUAACCACUGAGCGAGCCCCUGAGGAGUAUUCCCUGAGGACUUUUGGGGCUCUACACACAUCUAAAAUCCGGGGACCGAUGCUGGGCAUGUAAGAACCAAGAGAAGGCAAUUUAAGGGAGAAAAUGAAGUGAGACAGAAACGACAGGGUCAAGACGAAAGAAAACCAAGCUGCCUGGGUAAGAAAAUGUGUAUAAUCCAAGCGGGCUGUUCCUGCCAUUUUAUCUUGUCCACUGCAGGAGCGGCGUCCCCAGCUCGCAGGGUAACUAGGCAACGACGUUGCCCUGGUAACCUGGGUGACGCGGAGGGCUCCCGGUGGGAGGGGUGAGGGCGUGUCAGGCUCUCGCGAGAGCUGCGAGGGGCCGUCGCCCGGCAUCUUCGGGUUGCCCUUAGCGACGCGCUGGCGGCCGGGAGCUCCGCCAUGGCCGCUCCCGAAGGGAUGCCCAGCUCGGCCCUGCGGGUCCUGGAAGAGGCGUUGGGCGUGGGCUUGACCACCGCCGGGGACACCGCGGAUGCGGUGGCCGCCGAGGGCGCCUACUACCUGGAGCAGGUGACCAUAACUGAAGCAUCUGAAGAUGAUUAUGAAUAUGAAGAGAUACCAGAUGACAAUUUUAGCAUUCCAGAAGGUGAAGAAGAUCUGGCAAAAGCAAUUCACAUGGUCCAAGAACAGGCUAUAGAUACUCAAAUUUUGGAGCAGAAAACAGUUCUUCCUUCAAAGCAAACAGUUCCUGAAGUAAUAGAAGACUUUCUCUGUAAUUUCCUCAUCAAAAUGGGAAUGACCAGAACUCUUGAUUGCUUUCAGUCUGAAUGGUAUGAGUUGAUACAGAAGGGAGUAACUGAGCUUAGAGAGACUGGGAAUGUUCCAGAUGUCUACACCCAGAAUAUGCUUUUAGAAAAUGAGAACAAAAAUUUGAAGAAAGACUUGAAGCACUACAAACAGGCGGCUGAUAAGGCUAGAGAAGAUCUGCUUAAAACUCAGAAAGAACGUGAUUUUCAUCGAAUGCACCACAAGCGAAUAGUCCAGGAGAAAAACAAAUUAAUUAAUGACCUCAAAGGGUUGAAGUUACAUUAUGCAUCUUAUGAACCCACAAUGAGGGUGUUACAUGAGAAGCACCACACUCUACUGAAGCAGAAAAUGCUAACCUCCUUGGAAAGAGACAGAGCAGUCAGGCAGAUUUACGGACUUCAAGCAACAUUGAAGCAUAUGGAAACAGAGCAUAGUGUCUAUACUCCUGAAAUUAGAGUUGUUCCUAAUUGUGAAAAGGAAAAUGAACUAGAAGGUCCUACUCAGAAAGGUCUCCGUGAAGCCAGGGAACAAAACAAAUGUAAAACAAAGAUGAAAGAUAAUACAAAGGCCUCCUUCAACGGAAAUCAAGAGGGAGCCUAUGAGCUCAGUGCAAGAUCAGCCCUUUGUCCAACUCCGCUCCUCUAUCAGCAGGAGUGGAGAGGGAACUCUCAAACUUGGAAUGAGGCCACACCUCUGCAGGACACCGUUGGCAGGAGACAACAGAGUGCCCAGGCACUCAGAAUAAGACGGCCCAUCUACAGGAUAUCAUGCAUCUGUCAGCAGGAGCCAAAUGGGAACCUCUGAGCAACACAUGUUCCUGGCCUGUCCUCCCCAAAUCCUCUCUUUCUUCAACACCCGUCCCUUUAUCCGUGUCCUUUUUACUCUUCGGAAGGAGCCCAGGAGUCCCAGUUCAUCAUUUAUUCCAGAACUCUAAUCCUCCCAGCGUUCAUUGUAUCACUUUUUCUGAUCCAAUCUCUCCUUUCCCUUUCGUGGCUUCCGAAACUUUUUCUCUGACUCUCUGGAACUCAAAAUCAUUGAUCAGCAAGAUCCUCUGUAUUUUCAACUUCUAUGAAUGUUCCCUUCACCUUCUGUGAAUGGAAAUCUAGCUUUUCCCUAGUUAUAGUUUCUCCUGCAGCCAAUUGGGGGGUCUGGUAAAUGUUUAACAAUCAACACUUUAGGAAAAAAAAAAGACUUGAUUUUAGUGUUUUGUCGUGUUUUCCAGUUUCUCUGCUAUAAAUACACCAUAGCCACUCAAGCUACCAUAUUACUUCACUAAAUGUGAAGUUGGGAGUGAUGUCCACAGUCACCUCUCCUGAGAUAGUCCAGCACACCAGCCCUACAGCACUCUUAGGGGUAACUGUGUUCUCUACUUCCCUCUCAGCCAUGGCCUUGGACCUGAGGGUGACAUAAAUGUCCCUUAGCUUCUCAUUGCUGUUUUCAGCACCUUCUCCUGCCCUCCUUCAUGAGUGUACCCUGCCUUGAAUCUCAUCUCAUCUAAUUAUCCCACUCACUAUAACUUUGUAUUAUGGAUACUUCUUCUCAGGUCAUUUUUUUGGUAAAUUUAAAAAAUUAAUCCCUGUGACAUUGUCACUUUCUUAAAAUGGAUUUCUCCUACAAUUCUUUGUUAUUUAAAUAUUCACAUACAUGGUCCUUCUAACAGUCUGGACUUUUUAGUUAGUUCCUUGACAGCAUCUCCUGUAGUGACCCUGUUCUCCAUCCUUCUCAGCCACCCAUGGUCUGGUCACUUCGUAGGCCUUGUUAUUGCCAAUAACUGCCACUAUUUUUCAUUUCUUUUGCUGUUUGCUCUUUAUCUCCCCAACUUCUGCACAUUGAGAUGUUGUAGAGCUCAAUUCUGGGGCCUCUUCUUUCUGCUGUCUUCACUCCCUAGGUGAUCUCAUCCAGUCCCAUGACUUUCAAUCACUUAUAUGUUAAUGACUCCUUAAUUUACAUCUUCAGCUGACAUCCCUCCUUGAUCUCUAGUUUUAUAUAUCGAGCUGUAUGCUUGAUGCCUGUAGUUGGGUAUGGAUUCCCCACUAAAGCUCUAUCUCCUGCAAUUUUCUCCAUCUGAGUUAAUGGAAACUCCAUCCUUCCUGUUACUUAGCCAGAAAAUUCUGGAGUUAUCUUUGAGUCAUUUCUCACUUACACAUUUCACAUCAGAUGUGAAAAGAAUUUAUUUUGGUUUUAUCUUUGAAAUAUCCACACUUCCAUCUUUUCUUACCACUAUCACCAUUGAUUCUGUUUUUUUUUUUUUUUUCCCACCAUUUCUUGCUUGGAUUAUUGCAGUAGCCUCCUAACUGGUCUCUCUGCUUGUGUCUUUUGUUUUCCUUCAGUCUCAUUUGAACACAGCAUCCAGAGUGAUCCUCUUGAAACAUAAGUGUGUCUAUAACAUUUCUCUGUUGAAAACUUUGCAGUGGUUUCCUAACUUGCUCAGAGUUACAGAUAAGGUCAUUAUAGCCUCUGAG